AUUCCACUGCACUAAAACGCCAACAGUGCAGUGAGCACCCAAAAACCGGACAGGACAUGGCGAAAAACAAAAGCAAGAUCCCCAACUCCAACGAUAAAGCACCUGUAACCCCUCAGGAUGACGUGGCGAAGAAAAUCCCUAAAGUCAGUAAAUCCGAAAGUUGUGCAAACUCCAGAUCCGCGUCCGGAAAACUGAGCGCUUUUAUUUCUGCGCUCUGUUACUUUAUUCUGGUGUCCGGAGCCGCUAUAGCUUCUUUUUAUCUGCAGAGAGUUCUCAACGAGGUCAACCAAAUCCGCUUAGAGAGUGAAGAAUCCCUGCAGAAGAACUCCCAACUGGUGCACAAAGUAGAAACUGCACUUCAACAGGUGACUUCAAUGAAGUCUUCUCUGGACAGUCUGGAGGUGACCGUGGGUCGUGCUCAGGCCAAGCUGGACAAUACUAACCUGGCUGUACAAAAAGGAGAAGCAGAAAUACGGAGGGUAGAAGAAGUCCUUCAAAAACUUCAGAAUGAAAUCCUUCAUGACCUCUCCGAGGGCAUCCGGGAAGUAAAGCAGGCACGAGAGCAUGAUUUUUCUUCUCUGGAGAGAACCCUAGAAGAGCGCCUUGCUGAGUUAAGCCGCUCCAUCGCUGACAGUGUAGCUGAGUUCACCGGGGCUCAAGGAGAAGCUCAAGCUCAGCUUAGCAAGCUUAAAGCCCAGCUGGAGGAGCACAGUGAGCCUGGUAACCUUAAAGAUGAGCUUACAGCAAUCACCACUGCUGUGGCUCAACUGCACACCGCCAACGAGGUCGCAGAUGGCAAUGUGGGAGUUCUUAGGGAACAGAUUGCGUCCGUGGGGUCAGAGUUGCAGACAAGAAACAAAGAAGUUGCAUCCUUGUCCGAGGAGAUCGAGACAAUAAGAUCUCUCGUCCAGAGUACGGCUGGUCUGUUAAGGCAGAAAGUCUCUGCAGUUCAGGUUAGCAUGCAAGCCGUGUCGGAUCAGGUGCAGAGCCUGCAGGAUGGGCAGGAGACUACCAGCAAGGCUCUUCAGAGCCUGGAGACUGACUUGAGGGAGGAACUGGCCAAGACAGAGAAAAAGGAAGAUGAUCUGGAGGCUAGGCUAAAAGCCACUGAAGAAAGCGCAGAAGCUCUAAAAUCGUCAGCAGCAGAACAGAUGAGACGAGUAGAAGUACUUCUGUCCAAAUAUGACUCCCAUGAGAGCUCACUGGCCAGUCAAAGCCAGGUGGCCACAAAGGCCAGACAAGCACUGAGGGAGGAGAUGGAUGGAUUGAGGGGUAGCGUUGAAGACCUUCAGAUCAGCUUAAGUUCUUUGGCUGCUACUAAUUCUAGGUUAGAGGAAAUGAGGAUGGAAGCUCUUGGAGAGGAGUCUUUAGAAGAGAAUGUAGAGAUGGUAGAGGAACAAGCUGAAACAGAAUAUAUAGGUGAGGAAGAGGCUGAAACAGAAGAGCUAGUCGAGGAAGAGGCAACAACUGGGGAACCAUUGGUACAAACUGAGGAGGAAGAGUCAUCAAAUGUCAAUGACAAAACAGUACCAGAGGAGAUAGUCGAGGUGGAAGUAGCAUUUGAGAAAGAUGUAGUUGAGGAGGAAAGACAAUAAGUAAAGGGAUCUGUAGGCUUAUGCCCUACAUGAUAACGUCUGUUAUUGGAUAAGGACAGUAGAUUAAAAGUAAAAGUGAAAAAUACACCUGCACUGUAGUUUUUUUUAUGGGACUUUGAUACAGGCUGCCUUACUGUAAUAUGAAAUAAUUUGAAUGUUUCAUUAUUGCUGUUUUCCAAUAAAAUAUUUAACACAA